UUUUCGGAUACAUUUUUUUUUUUUGCAAACCAUUCUCUUCCGUUAAAAAUUUCGGAACGAAUGCAUAAAAAAAAUUAUGAUAUUUCCAGUUUUUUUUUUCAACCACGAAACAUAUUUAGUCACGGGCGUUGCACGUUUUUAGCAAUCGCGGGCAUUCAACACUUUGGGCACGUCUGUCCAAAACGUCAAUAACAACGUUGAUAACAAACGAGUUCCCCGACUGCGGUUUGAACUUUAUAUAAUUAAAAAUCCAUACCUUAGUAUAAUAUUUUGCUACGUUAGCUUUUAUGGUAAUUAAACUGACAAUGGACGGUGUUGGACGUUUGGGUUUAGUAWAUUAUUUGAAUUAAUCACGUUCAAUCGACCAGAAAUUGUUUUAACACCAGCAGGAACGAUGAAGAAAUUUAUUAUAUCUUUACUACUGUUCCAUAUAAUUCUGCCAUUGAGCUUACUAAUAUGUAUCUGUCUAAAACAGAAUGCAUUAACUGGAAUUUAUCUAUUUUUACUUCUCUACCUUCCUGUUAUUAAAACACCUACUCCAAAAACUAUAAAUGGAAGUUCCGGAAUGUUUUUAAGAACUGUAACUUUAAUCAGUUGGCUCAUGGUAUUAAUUCAGCUUUUAUUCCAAAUUGUUUUACUUGUUAUGCAUCCAUAUGGAAAACUUUUAGAACCAAUAUGUGGUGGAGUAGAACGAAUGUUUCGUUAUAUUGGUUUAAUUGAGUUAUCUAAACUACAACUGGUGGAAAUAUUGUACUUCUACUUACCAGAAUUGAUAAUGGUUUGUUCAUCUACUAUUAUACAACGCAUAUUAAUUAAAAUUAAUAUUGAAGAUAAUGCAUCAGAUAGUUUUAUCGAAAUCACAGACCCUGAAUCAAGAGCUACAUGGCAACAGACAAGUUCUAUUUCUAUUGCUAUUUCAAUUGGAAAAUACCUUUGUUUGGUGAUAAUUUGUCUUGCUGGAGUUGCAGUUCCAUCAAUUAUUAGUGCAUUUUACUACAUAACAUUUUUGGGAAUAAUGACUUGGUGGUCUUGCUACCAUCCUAUAAGUCGUGGAUUUGCAUACUUAUUUCGUUUUGUUUGUUUGGUUGCUUGUAUACAUGUAUCUAUUCUUUUUGUAUAUCAAAUGGAGUGGGCUCAAAUUCUUUUACCUCCAGAUUCACCAAUUGCAAGGUAA